UCCUCUGAGGUCAGCUGGGUUUGGAAGUGCUGUUUCCAGUCCUCCAGCUCAUGCAGUCACUUGAGCUGUGAUGGGUAAGAUUGACAACACAUCUGUGGAGCUGAACUCAUCCUCCGAGGUGAAGCAAGCAGCCCUUGAGGAAUCUGAGUCACUUGCCCAAGAAGCUGGCGGUGUCCAGAAGAAGAAAGAGAUACCAGACAGAGGUUCUUGGAAGGGAAAGUUUGACUUCUUGCUGUCAUGUGUGGGCUAUGCCAUUGGACUGGGCAAUGUUUGGCGGUUCCCAUAUCUUUGCGGCAAGAAUGGAGGAGGUGCCUUCCUGAUCCCCUAUUUCCUGACACUGGUGUUUGCUGGGAUUCCUCUGUUCCUGCUGGAGACUGCUCUCGGCCAAUAUACCUCUGUGGGUGGAUUGGGUGUCUGGAAAUUAGCACCCAUGUUUAAAGGAGUGGGUCUGGCUGCUGUGGUUCUCUCAUUCUGGUUGAAUAUCUAUUAUAUUGUCAUCAUUGCUUGGUCACUGUACUAUCUCUUCAGCUCUUUCACUGGGGACCUCCCAUGGCAAAGCUGUGGCAAUGCCUGGAACACAAAUCAGUGCUUUUCCAACUACUCGCUCAACGAUACCACCAAUCUGACCAGUGCUGUGACUGAGUUCUGGGAAAGGAACAUGCACCAGAUUUCUGGAGGCCUGGGGGAGCCAGGUAGCAUUCGCUGGCCCCUUGCUGGAACACUUGCUCUAGCAUGGGUUCUUGUCUAUUUUUCCAUCUGGAAAGGUGUAGAGUGGACAGGGAAGGUUGUAUACUUUUCAGCCACCUAUCCUUACCUCAUGUUGUUUAUUCUUUUCUUCCGUGGCGUCACUCUGCCAGGAGCCAAGGAGGGAAUCCUCUUUUACCUGACACCGGACUUCAGCAAGCUCUCUAAGUCUGAGGUCUGGAUGGAUGCAGCCACGCAGAUCUUUUUCUCCUAUGGACUGGGCCUAGGGUCUCUGAUUGCCCUGGGAAGCUAUAACACCUUUCACAACAAUGUCUACAGAGACUCCAUCAUUGUCUGCUGUAUAAAUUCCACCACCAGCAUAUUUGCAGGAUUUGUUAUUUUCUCUAUUGUUGGUUUCAUGUCUCACAUCACCAAGAAGUCAAUUGCUGAGCUGGCAUCUUCAGGUCCAGGACUGGCUUUUCUUGCCUACCCGCAGGUUGUUACACAGUUGCCUAUGUCUCCUCUCUGGUCAAUUCUCUUCUUCUCUAUGCUAAUGAUGUUAGGUCUGGACAGCCAGUUUUGCACUGUGGAAGGGUUUAUCACAGCUCUCAUGGAUGAGUAUCCCCAUGUUCUGAGAGCUAGGAAGAAGAUUUUCAUUGCUGUCAUCUGUUUCAUCUCCUACCUCAUCGGAUUCUCCAAUAUCACCCAGGGUGGCAUCUAUGUCUUCAAGCUGUUUGAUUAUUACUCAGCCAGUGGCAUGUGUCUUCUCUUCCUUGUCUUCUUUGAGACCAUUUCAAUUUCCUGGUGUUAUGGUGUGAACAGAUUUUACAGGAACAUUGAGGAGAUGAUUGGCUACAAACCUUGUGGCUGGUGGAAGAUCUGCUGGGCUUUCUGCACUCCCUUCAUUUGUUUGGGUGUGUUUGUCUUCAGUGUUGCUGAAAUGACCCCUUUGACUCUGGGUAAAUAUGUCUAUCCCACAUGGGGGCAGGGCAUCGGCUGGCUCAUGGCUCUGUCUUCUAUGUUGCUGAUUCCAGGGUAUAUGCUGUACUACUUCUUCAUCUCAAAGGGGACCAUCAGGCAGCGUUUUCAGCAGAUGACACAACCCACCUCAGAGAUGAACAUUCAGAACAAUGAACUAACACCAAAGACCUCAUCAAACAGGAUGGGCUCUGAUGCUGCUGUCUAAGCAGAGGACAGGACCUCCUUGUGCUGCUCCAUAGCUGGUCAUGCUGCUACCCUUUGGUCUCCUCUGGCACCCUUUGUGUGUUCCCAGCUCCACUACUGGUUUCAGAGAAGCCCUUUCAUGUUACUUCCUCCCAGCCCAAGGUCAUCAGGAGUCUCUGUCUACCUCAACAAAGACUUUGUGCAGUGUCUGUGUUUUAUAAGCUGUAAUUCCAGUCCAGGCUGUCAGAAAGGAUUUUCUCAGGCCUAUGUCUGCUUACUUAGAGGUGGUAUUUUCUAGAGAACAACAGCUUCGUAGUGGUUCUUGUUUGUUGUGUUCUUCAGCCUCCUCUUCUAUACAGCCAUCAACCAUCCACCAUCUGAUGAACAGCUAAGCUUCCACAGCAAGGAAAACAGCUGCAUUUUGGCUCUCCAUUCAAGUCCUAGGUGAUCAUCACUUGAUUUAAUUUGAAGCAGCUUUAAUGAUCACAUACUCCCAAAGUGCUGUAUGUGGAAUGCAUCAAGGAAAAGCACACAAGACUGCUGGGUAUUGCAUACCUCUCCAAAAUUGAGAUCAAGUGCUAGGGCUCUGGAUCCGUUUUAGCUAGGGAGGGCAAGGAGAUCUAAAAGUCCUUCUGUAGCCAGAUAGUCUUGACUUUGACUUGCUUUCUGCCUUGCCAUGGCAUUCUGUGGUGUCCUGCAGGGCUUGAGAGUGCAAAGGAAGGAAUGGCAUGGGGCCAAAACUGCAUGGGAAGCUGUCUCCUACCUUAAGCUAUGAGUACUCCUCCGCCCUCCCCCCCCAUACACAUGGGCACGCUCACGUAGUACUUUGAUGGCAGAAUGGUUCCUGGGUUUUGCAUUCUGUCGGUGGGACAGGCCUACUACCCGAAGAGUAGCUUCUGAAUUCUGCUCUUGCAGGGGGAUCCAUUCCUGCCCUUGCAGUUCUCAGUCUACCAGAGGAGCAGUCCUGUGUCCUGAAGAAAUACAUAAAUCUCCACUUCUGUUUAUUUGGCUCUUGUAAUAUAAAUGUGUUGCGACAUUUUACUGACUUGCAGGAUUGCAUGUGGAACGUAUGCAGCAUCAGUUCAAGUGUACCAGAACUGGGCCAGCAGGUAUCUUUCUGCACGUAGGUCACUCAAUAAAAUAUAGUCAAUAAGAUGCAAUUACUUGCUCAGUUUCCUUGCUUUUCCUUUGUUUCUGACUUCUCUUUUAUGCUUUCCUUUUAUUACUCUUCUUUUUUUCUUAUAUUAUCUUCUCCCCCCAACUUGUUAUACAGCCAGUCAAAAGAAUCCAUUUAAUCUAUCUGUUCUAGUUGAUCUCCCUACCAUCUUUGUGGCCCCAUCAUUGUAGAAUCUGAGCUCUCCUUUCACUCCUCCUAUUUUUCCCCACCUUUUUUCCUCCUAUUUUCUUACCAACUGUACUCUCCAUCCCCACACACCCACUGCUUCUCUCCCGUUUAGCACUCACUGCUAAUUAGCAUUUCACUCAAGCUUAGAGACCCAUUCUACAAGUGUACUGAUGACCACUUCUGACAGAGGCACGGAACACAGCUACCCAUUGAAGAUGAGGAGGCUCAGGAAAGGCUAAGCAUUUUUCAAGAUUGAGACCUAAGUGCCAAAAGUACCUCCAUGUCCAACCCAAGUGAAAACUAGCUUCUCCUCUUGCUCGCUUCAGAAUGAGUUGGUCCAAGGAUCAGUUCCUUGUGGCAGCAUCUCCCAAACUGGGAUGCAUGCCAAUCAUGACACCAAUCAGUGGCACCCCCCUAUACUUCUCAUGCUUUUCUAUUAGCUGCUGCUGCUACCUCCCUCAUCCCCACUGAUUCCCCUGCCAGCAAUUGCUGCUGACAAGAGAAAAUCAAUGGUGAUCAGCACCUGGAGCAGGAUUAGGCAACCCCUGCCACACAUACCAGAGCAUGGCAUGCAAAGGCAUUUUGCUUGGCAUGCAUACCUCGGGGUGGAUGUUG